AUGCUGCCCAGCGUGGAGGUUCAAUUCCAAUUCUCCGUCAUCGGAGAGCCUGCGAGCAUCGGCGGUGGCUGCAGCAGAAGAUCCAAAGUUCUCAUUGCGGAUGUAGCUGGAAGCGAAGCAACGGCAAUUGCCGAUCUAGGAGAAGCGGCCCCUGCUGUCUGUCGCUUCUAUCGGCUGCUGCAGCAGCAGCCACGUCCCGACAAUGUGUUCACAGCUGCCCUGUACGGACAGCUUGAUGAGGUCUUAGACUUUUUGCGCGAAAAAGUCGACAUCUUCCUCGUAAUCACCCCCCACGAGACCCAGCAAGGAAAGCGGGAAGACAGAUACGUGGCUUUUUCAGUUCGCGACGUUAUUGAGACAGAGGCGCUGCAAGAGCAGGAGCAGCUUCGAACUCAGGAGGGGCUUACGGGGGGAGGGAGGCUUUCAGCAGCAGCCACCAGCAGGAUAUACUCCACCGAGUUGGACCCUACGGAUGGAGGCCCUCAGCUGUCUAUACACCUGACUGUGCGCCAGCAAGCAACCGUUCAGCCCGCAGAAUUUGAACGUUCACGAUGCAGCUAUCAGAGAGUUGUACACGAUUUGGUUGCUGCCGUGGCAGCAACAGCCGCAUCAGCAUGGCGCUGGGCUGCCAGUGGACUUGUCGCCGCUGAUCACUGCCGUGCAACAACAGAUGAGGCGAUCGCAGCAGCUGCAGCAACAGGCGGAGCACUCUAUCUCAGCUGUAGUGUAUGGACAGCGUGGACAGCACCGCCAGGCCUUAAUCGCCAAUCUGGAGAGCAUAGACACCUCUACGCUGCCAGGAGGUAUGUAGGUGCACUUGAGGUGUGUGCUGCGGCUUUUCUGGGAGGCCUCUGUCGAUCUUUCUCCGCUGCUGCGUCAGCCUGUGCAAACGGACGCCGUCGCUCCUCACAAUUACCAGAAACUUGGAUUGCUUUUGCGGCUCAAUCCGCAGCAGCAGCAACAGCAGCAGCAGCCACCCCCUCCACUCGUGACGGUGGUGUCUGUACAGACGCUGAGGGGCAGUUCGAGCUGUGGAGAAUCACCCACCAACUGAACGCUGAGCGAGAGCUGCGGAGAUCUGAAACGGCUAUGCGUCAACAGCUAGAGGAGGCUUUCGCUCGCGGGGAGCUGCAGCGAGUUCAAGUGAGACAGUUUGCACUGUUGCCGGUGCGCUUGCUGCAGGAAGUGGAGCAACGCAAGCAGCAGAUGCAACAGCUGCAGCAACAACUCCGUGAAAUGACAGAGCAGCUGCAGCAAAAAGCUCUUGAGCUGCAGCAACGUGAGCGCCGCCUGCAGCAGGAGCACCAAAUGCUUGCUGCAGCCGCUGCAGAUGCAGAGCUGCGCCUUGUGGCCGACUGCCACCAAACAAAAGAAGCAGCAAAGCAUGCGCUCCAAAUAGAAUCCAGGCAACAGCAGCUGCUGCUGCAGCAGCUUCAGGAAGCAUCAGCUGUUGCUGCUGCUGCUGCUGCGCGUGCGGCAGCAGCAGAAGCGGAAGCAGCGCAGUGUCGCAGAGAGCUUUGCGAGUCGCCCCUGGUCCAGAUCAAGGCGCAACUGCAGCUGAAGACUUAUCAAGCGCGUGACUUGGCCCUUAAGCUGGACGCGAUGACUGCCUCGAGGAACUACUUUCUCAGGAGCUGCUCGCUUCUUUUGCAGGAGCUACGGGCAGCUAAACAGCCACGUGCUGACGCAGCAACAGCGGCAGCAGCAGCAGCAGCACGACACGACGACGGCGGAGAAUGUCGCCCCUACUGA